AAUAAUAAAAUGUGGACUCUAAAUAAUACUUAUGAUUGGGGACUUUUAUUAAGAAGUCUUACAGAACAGUUAUGAUAGGACUUGCAAUAACAACAAUAUGAAGUCCUAAUAUUGCUUAAAACCUUUAAACACAAUUAUGAUAGGACAUUUAAUUAGAAGUUCUAAUAACACUUAUGAUUAGUUGUGGAUAACACUUAUUUUAGAUAACACUUAUAAUAAGGACUUUCUGAUAAGAAGUCCUAAUAACACUUGCAAUUUAGGACUUGUAAUAUAUAAUAGCACUUAUGAUAGGACUUUUCAGUUUUCUUACAAUAAAACCAGUAAAGAGCAUUCUGAUAAGAUCUGCUACAGUUUGCUGUUUAUUUUAGAAUUUUAAUGUUAGAAUCUCUUUGAAUUUGGAAUUGAUUUGAAUAUUAAACCAGAUAUAUUUACAAGACAAUAAAGCUCACAGCAAAUGUUUAUUAUAUAAUAAGCUAGUUGGCCUUAAAAGCAGAAAUAUAGAUCUACAUGAUUAAUGUUGAUUUAAUAAAACAAUAAAGCUCACUAUUAUUGUCUCUAGCUUAUUGACCUUCAUAAUGACCUUGUUAUUUCUUGACCUUUAUAAUGACCUUGUUAGCUUGUUGACCUUUAUAAUGACCUUGUUUUUUCUGUUUCUAUAGAGACGACAUAGAAGUGAUGAUCAGGUUAACAAUAGGAAAGCAACAGUUUUACGAGACGGAAAAAUGAUGGAAGAAGUAUGGCAGAAAGUUGUUGUUGGUGACAUCAUUAAAAUGGAAAACAAUCAAUUUGUUGCUGCCGAUUUACUGCUACUGUCAACCAGUGAACCAAACAGUUUAUGUUAUAUUGAAACAGCUGAGUUAGAUGGGGAAACAAAUUUAAAAGUGCGUCAAGCUUUACCAGAAACUGCGGAAAUAGACAAUGAUAUUGUAAAAUUUUCUGAGUUUGAUGGGGAGAUAAUAUGUGAAGCACCAAACAACCGACUACCUAAAUUUGAAGGAAAACUAAAUUGGCAAGGGCAAACAUACUCUCUCGAUAAUGAUAAAAUUCUACUACGAGGUUGUGUUCUACGUAAUACUCAGUGGUGCUAUGGGCUAGUCGUGUUCUCGGGUCAUGAGUCCAAGCUUAUGAUGAAUUGUGGGAAAACUGUGUUUAAACGAACAAACAUUGAUAGACUUAUGAAUGAUUUAAUUAUAGGUAUUUUUAUUUUCCUGUUAAGUAUGUGCCUAAUCUGUACAAUUGCGUGUGGUAUCUGGGAGAGCCAAAUAGCCGGAGAUAAAUUCCAGAUUUACCUCCCCUGGGAGAGCUACAUACCUGGAACUAUAUUAGGAACAAAAGAUGGUUCAGUGACGGAAGGGGCAACAACUCUGUCUCUACUGACUUUCUUCUCCUACAUCAUUGUCCUGAACACAGUAGUGCCUAUUUCUUUAUAUGUUAGUGUAGAGAUUAUUCGAAUGGGGAACAGUUUAUUGAUUAACUGGGACAGUAAGAUGUAUUACGAGGCGAAAGAUGACCCAGCCAAGGCGAGAACAACAGCAUUGAACGAAGAGCUCGGUCAAAUUGAAUAUAUCUUCUCAGAUAAAACCGGGACACUUACACAGAACAUAAUGGAGUUCAGGAAAGCAUCUAUCAAUGGAAAAUCAUAUGGUGAUUAUCUGGAUGCUAGUGGGACUGCUUUAGAGAUUACUGAGUCGGAUGAUAGUGUAUUUAUCGGAGAUUCUGAUUUAGAACCACGUACUAGUACCCCAGUAAGUAAACUGUAUAUUCUUGUUACCUAAUGAUGUAUUUAGCAAUACUCUUGUUACUUCAUGACAGUCUUUGUAUGUUCUUGUUAUUUAAUGAUUACAUUCUUUGUAUGUUCUUGUUACUUCAUAAUGCCAUUCUUUAUGCAUUCUUGUUACAUCAUGAUUACAUUCUUUGUAUGUUUUUGUUACUUCAUGGUGUCAUUCUUUGUAUGCGCUUGUUACUUCAUGAAGGUCUUUACAAUGUCCUUGUUAAUUAUUAUAUC